CAACCACUCAACUCUUUAACCUUCCAUCUUGCGGCUUCCAUCUUAAAUUCUUUUUCAUCACUAUCGCCCACUAUGGACAGUCAACGCGGAGACUUAAUACUUCCAGACAUACCGGAGUUAGGUCUUAUCGUACCAUCCGCCGCUCUAGCUGCCAAUACCUCCUCUUUUGUCAAGAAGCACUGCGACGCAAUGAUCUACAAUCAUGUAGCUCGCUCGGCCUAUUGGGCUUUGAUCAUAGCCCGAAAACUUCCACAAUUUGCGAAUGCAGACCUGAGUCUUGUCUUCAUCAGCUGUAUGCUCCACGACAUGGGAUGGGCCGCGGCUAAGGAGCUCCUAGCCCAAGACAAACGCUUUGAAGUCGAUGGUGCAAACAUCGCCAAGGGAUUCCUAAAGGAUCAUACCGGAUCGGAGUAUCAUGACAAUGAGGCUACGGAAGCAUGGGACCCAGCAAGAAUCCAACGAGCUUGGGAUGCAAUUGCAUUCCACACGACACCGUCUAUUGCACAGCACGCCGCAGCUGAGGUAGCUCUUACGAACUUGGGUGUCACAGCCGAUUUCUUGGGUCCUAAUCUUGACCUUGGCCUCGGACCAAACCUGAUUUCGAGAGAAGAGUAUCGCGCGGUGACAAAACUAUUUCCGCGCAAUGGAUUUACAUAUGAAGGCCUGAAGCAGGUAAUGUGUGGAAUAUGCAGGACCAAGCCAAAUACUACGUACGACAAUUUUGUGGGCGAGUUUGGAGUUCGGUUUGGCAUUGAUGGCGAAGGAUCUGGCAAAGAUGAAUUUGCUGAGGAGGUAGAGAAGUCGCGUUUUGUCAACUUUUCCAAGUUUGCGUUAGAUGCUCUUGAAGUUCUUGACAAGGAAAUUUCAGGAGAUGAUAAAUAGUCACCUGGAAAGUGCACAUUUACAAUGAGCAGCUCCCUAGCUAUCAACAGACU